AUGUCGCUGCUCCGGACGCAGAGCUCCUUGCGGCUCUCGAGGACAUGCACCCAAAUCCCGAGAUCCACGAGACAUGUCUCUCAGACACCUUACCGGCGAAUAGGCGACCCUGACCCGAGAGCCAUCCCGGACGUCGAAGCUAUGAAGAUGACCGAAGACCAGGCGUCAAUGGUCGCCGUCGAUCACAAGCCCGGGCCGGCCGUUCAGAAAUACCACCCCGAUCACCAGCCAGAUUAUACCGCGACGGUCGACCACGGCACGUCGGCGUACUCGCCGGUACCGAGGAGGGUCAUGGACGGCAGUGAGCCGGGUCAUUUCACACCUGCGGCUGUGGUUUCGGGCGCGCCCGUGGAUCUACAGGCUCGAACAGUCAGAAUCUACAGACCCGUCCGUCCGGCCACCCAGUCCGGUACCUGGGGCUCCCAUGCAUGGCGCAUGGAUUGGGACGUGCUCGGCAAGGGCCAUCGCUGGGAGAACCCGCUGAUGGGAUGGCAGUCGUCGGCCGAUUUCAUGCAAGGGACGAAAAUUCAGUUCAAGUCAAAGGAGGAUGCCAUUGCGUUUGCGGAGAAACAGGGUUAUGAGUGGUAUGUGCAGGAGCCGCAGGAGAGGAGGGUGGUGCCCAAGGCGUAUGCGAACAACUUCCUGCAUGAGUCGGGGACGAGAUUGAAGCAUAUCAAGACGAAGUAG